AAGUACACACUGAUCAGUCUCGUUUCCGUGAUCUCCUUCUUCUUAAUGGUUUCUUCGUCAAACGAAAUUCAAAUCGAUUCCUCUACGUUUCUCGUCAGCUCUCCUCUCUCUUCCGCCAUCUCCCGAUCCUGAAACAGCUACAAUGGCGACGCCUACGCCCCUGGUGUUUGCUUACUAUGUCACUGGCCACGGAUUCGGCCACGCCACCCGCGUUGUCGAGGUGGCGCGCCAUCUGAUCGACGCCGGUCAUUUGGUCCACGUCGUCACCGCCGCUCCGGACUACGUCUUCACUUCCGAAAUUCAGUCGCCCAACCUCUUCCUACGCAGGGUCUUGUUGGACUGUGGAGCUGUUCAGUCAGAUGCUCUCACGGUUGAUCGUCUUGCCUCUUUAGAGAAGUACUCCCAGACAGCUGUGAUUCCCAGGGAGUCUAUUUUAGCAUCAGAAGUUGCGUGGCUCAAGUCAAUUAAAGCUGACUUAGUGGUUUCAGAUGUUGUUCCUAUUGCAUGCCGUGCAGCUGCUGAUGCAGGAAUUCGUUCUGUCUGUAUCACCAACUUCAGCUGGGACUUCAUUUAUGCUGAUUAUGUGAUGGCUGCUGGCCAUCACCACCGAUCAAUUAUUCUGCAGAUUGCUGAAGAUUAUUCUCAUUGCGAAUUCUUAAUUCGCCUGCCAGGAUUUUGUCCUAUGCCAGCUUUCCGUGAUGUGGUUGAUGUUCCCCUUGUGGUGAGGCGAUUGCACAAGAGCAGAGAAGAGGUGAGGAAGGAGCUUGGAGUUGGAGAUGAUGUGAAGCUGUUGAUUUUCAACUUUGGAGGGCAGCCAGCUGGUUGGACGCUAAAGGAGGAGUAUUUGCCAACUGGUUGGAAGUGUUUGGUGUGUGGUGCAUCAGACGAUCAAGAACUUCCCCCCAAUUUUAUCAAGCUUCCGAAAGAGGCAUAUACACCUGACGUAAUAGCAGCUUCAGAUUGCAUGCUUGGUAAAAUUGGAUAUGGUACAUCUAGUGAGGCCAUGGCUUACAAGCUGCCAUUUAUCUUUGUACGGAGAGAUUACUUCAAUGAAGAACCUUUUUUGAGAAACAUUAUUGAGCAUUACAAAGGUGGUGUGGAGAUGAUUAGACGUGAUCUGCUCAGUGGAUGCUGGCAACCCUACAUUGAGCAUGCUAUUAGCUUGAAACCAUGCUACAAUAGGGACAUUAAUGGUGGCGAGGUAGCUGCACGCAUACUGCAGGAUACAGCUCAGGGAAACACCCACACAAAAUAUAAGGCUUGUGGAGCGAGACGACUACGAGAUGCAAUUGUGCUCGGAUAUCAGCUAAGAGGAAUUUCUGAACGGAACGCUAAUGUUCCAGAUUGGUAUGUCCAUGCACCAUUCCCAUUGCAGGAACACGAGCAGUCUAUCUCCAAUGAAGAAAUUCCGUUUAUUUUAUGCUCUUGCAGACAUAUACCAGAUUUUGAAGUUCUCCAUGGGGACCUUCAAGGUCUUUCAGAUACUGCUAGUUUUUUGAAGGCUUUGGGAGAGCUUAGUGCUAUUGACUUUGAAAGGGAUAACAAGGACCAGUUACGUGAGCGUCUAGCUGCCGCCAGGCUUUUCAACUGGGAGGAGGAAAUAUUUGUUGCAAGAGCUCCUGGUAGACUGGAUGUGAUGGGAGGAAUUGCAGAUUAUUCAGGAAGUCUUGUUUUGCAGAUGCCUAUCAAAGAAGCAUGUCAUGCUGCUGUCCAGAAGAAUCAUCCUAGUAAGCAGAAGUUGUGGAAGCAUGCACAGGCUAGACAUCAUAGUGACAGUGACAAACAAACACCUAUUCUAGAAAUUGUGUCAUUUGGAGCAGACUUGAGUAAUCGCGGGCCAACGUUUGACAUGGACAUAUCUGACUUUAUGGAUGGCGAGCAGCCAAUUUCUUAUGAGGCUGCACGCAAUUACUUCUCUCGAGAUACUUCCCAAAGGUGGGCAGCCUAUGUUGCUGGGGCAAUUCUGGUACUAAUGACCGAGUUGGGAGUCCGUUUCGAGGACAGCAUAAGCAUUGUGAUAUCUUCGGCUGUUCCAGAGGGCAAAGGUGUUUCCUCUUCUGCAGCAGUUGAGGUUGCAAGCAUGUCUGCUAUCGCUGCUGCUCAUGGUUUGAAGAUCGCCCCUAGAGACAUAGCUUUGCUCUGUCAGAAGGUGGAGAACCACAUCGUUGGAGCCCCAUGCGGAGUGAUGGACCAGAUGGCUUCAGCAUGUGGUGAAAAUAAUAAGCUUCUUGCUAUGGUGUGCCAGCCAGCUGAGGUGCUAGGAUUGGUUGAUAUCCCUUCUCAUAUAAAAUUCUGGGGGAUUGACUCAGGUCUUAGACACAGUGUUGGUGGUUCGGACUAUGGUUCGGUGAGGAUUGGUACUUUCAUGGGCAGGAAGAUGAUGAAGUCGAUGGCCUCUAACAAAGUAAAGGAAAAUAACUCUGAUGAGAUGGGAAGGAAUAGCACAGAACUGCUUGAGGCCGAAGCUUCAUUAGCGUACUUGACAACUUCCCAGUCUUACCCUGCUGUGUUUUUCUCUUACAGGUAUGAAGGUGGGUAUGCAAAUAAGCUUCCAGAACGAAUCACCGGUGAAGAAUUCUUAACCAAAUACGCGAGUCAUGAUGAUCCUGUCACUGUAGUCAACAAAGAUCUGACCUAUGCUGUUAAAGCACCUACCGCACAUCCUGUUUACGAGAAUUCCCGAGUCAAGGCUUUUAAAUCAUUGCUAACAGCCGCUGCCUCAGACGAACAACUCUCAGCUCUAGGGGAGCUUAUGUAUCAGUGCCAUUACAGCUACAGUGCUUGCGGCCUGGGUUCCGUUGGCACAGACAGACUGGUGGAAUUGGUACAGAUGAUGCGACUCAGUGGGACUCUAUACGGAGCAAAGAUCACUGGUGGUGGUAGCGGCGGAACAGUUUGUGUCAUGGGCGAGAAGAGCGUGAGAAGCAGCGAACAAAUUCGCGAGAUUCAGCAGAGAUACAAGAGCGCCACAGGGUUCAUGCCGUAUGUGUUUGAAGGAUCGUCACCUGGUGCUGGCAAGUUCGGCUAUCUGAAAAUUCGCCGACGCAGCAGCCCCAAGGCAGACCUUGCUGCUGCUUCAGCGGUAUUGAACGGAGUCCAUGUUUGAACUCCGAAAGGUCGAUUAGAGAAAAGGAAAGGUAAUCAAUUGCCUAAUUGGUUCCUUGCGCUGCUAUUUAUACCCAUUGAUCAAUAAGAUUAUAAACAGCCCUGCCAAUCUGCUGAAGCAGCCGAUCUCAGACCAUUUAUGUGCAGUCAUCCCUGUUUAUUGAAAGACCUUGGCCUCUUCCCUCCAAAGCUUGGAGGGUCUUAAAUUCAAGGGUUGAUUCUUUUAUCAACCAUGUUUCUAAUGGGCUUGGGAGUUGGGACGAGUAUGGUUAGUGUCUUUCACUUAUUUUCCAAGCAGAGCUUGUAAAAUAAAAAAGAAUGACAUAUAAACUGAUAACAAAACAUUUUUCAACGACUGGAAUUGUAGAGAUUACUUAAUUUGUUGUUAAUAUGGUAUUGGAGCC